GAUCGUUGGCGCUUCUACACGCCCCCACCGGAUCUUACUUCUAUCGUACGAAACUCCUUUCCAUUAAACAACUCUCCACGUGCACAUUCCGGUGCAUGCAUCAUGGCUUUUACCUACUUCAGCAAACUACCGCAGGAAUUGCGCCAGCAGAUAUGGGCGGAGGCUGCGGUUUUUCGUUGUCAACAGUACCUACGCUCUACACGAUAUCCGAUCGUUGAUGAACCGUGCCCCACUUCGAAGGCCGAGCGUCAGCGACAAGCAUUGAUAGGCUACAGUAGCAUACCAACAGACUCGCCCGAAUUAGAACAGCAGAGAAGACCUCUGCGACUCUAUGUUUACGUUUCCAACGAAACGGACGAGCUGCAAAUUGGGGAAAAUGAGUUUCACACAUUGGUCAACCGCUUUUCCAUGGCCACCGCCUGUGUCGAGGCGCGCGCUCACGUGACCAAGUUCUGUCGCGCGCGGAUCGAAUUCGUGACUUUAUUCCCGGUCAUCGAUCGCCAGCUACCCGAAGACAGACCGAUCCUGCAGCAGCCUGUAUUGACUGAUAUGCCGACUGUCAUGGUGACCACCUCUACUUACCACCCAGAUGAGGGUACCGAAGCGAAAUUCGAAUCUCCUGAACAGCUCGUGGAUGUCAUUGCUCGUGUGUUUGGUAACGGCAUCAAGAGGCUCAUCUGGAACGCUUGGGGUCAACCUGUGAUUGGAAUGAGCGGUUUUUAUUGGCCCCAUACUUCCCUACUGGAACAUCUGCCGGAAAGUGCAUACGACUUGAUCGAAGACUCCAGUCACACUGAGCCCGCGCAUUUCAUGUCAUCCGAUCUUAUAUUGCACAUCCAGAAAGAGCUCUACGAAUCAGAGAUCCCAGAAGGAUCAUCCUACUAUGAUCGCCGACUGAUUCUUCGACAAGCCCUCAAGCAUUCCGAGUUUUGGCGAGCGGCGACCAAGACUUUGCCGCAGCUACAAUUUUUCGAGGUCGAGCUGCGCACAACCAGCUGGGCCGAAAUAGUGACGACACGCCUUGAAACAACGUACAAGGAUGGCACUGUUUGGAUCGGCAAAAAUAAUCUGCCAGUAUCAGAAGACAUUAGAAUGGAUUACGGGUGGAAUAGUAUGUAA